AUCGAUUGCGCGCAGCUGUAGCUCAUCGAUGCGCUCGGCGCUCGGUGCGCCUGGCCUGCCGCGCAUGCGCGGGGCGCACUGUACGGCAGGCGGGGACGCUGUGUACAAGAUGGCGGCGCCCGGCGUCGGCAUGGAACCUCCAGAUGAGGCCGCGGGACUGGUUCUGGGGAGGCUGGAGGAGGAGGCGCUGAAGCGACGGGAGAGGCUGAAGGCCCUGAGGCAGCGCACGCUGCAGAACAAGGAGAGCGAAGAACCUGAGUCCAAAAUUCCCAGAGAAGAUGAGGAAGAGGAGUCCAUCAAGCACAAGGAGAUCAAGCUGCGGAAUUACGAUCCCGAGGAUGAGGAGCUGAAGAAGAGGAAGCUGCCCCCAGCCAAACCGGCCUCAGUGGAGGACACRGUGAAGGACCAGCUGGAAGCUGCCAAGCCGGAGCCCAUCAUCGACGAGGUGGAUCUAGCGAACUUGGCUCCCAGGAAGCCUGACUGGGAUUUGAAGCGGGACGUGUCCAAGAAGUUGGAGAAGCUGGAGAAGAGGACCCAGAGAGCCAUCGCGGAGCUGAUCCGAGAGCGCUUGAAGGGGCAGGAGGAGGAGCUGGCAUCGGCUGUGGGAUCAGCCAAGCAGGAGGGAAGCGACUCCGACUGAGGAGAAUCCAUCGGGAACGGGCCCCGGAUCUGCUUCCUGCCAACCCCAUGGYCCCCAGGUAGAACCCCCUGGCUGGGACUGCUCAUCCCUUUCCCUGAACUUCCCAAAUCCUGCCAUGCCUGGAGRAGAGGCAGAUCCAAGGAGCCUGGCUGGCUGCUGAGGAGCUUCCAUGGAAAACUUCUGGGCAUCACAGGGGGCUGAUUGGGAGCAGGACAGACCCCCUUUUAUCUGGAACUUCACAGCCAGGACUUGGAGCAGGGAAAAGUGGGAAAACUCCAGGCUGGGGCUGGAAAGGUCAAUCCAGACUCACUGGGAAAGGAGGCAGGAUCAUUUCCCAAGGGAUUGGUGCUCCUGCUCCUGUGCAAAGACUCCUUGAGGCUCUGAGUGUUUGGGAAUAUCUACGGCCAGCCCCAGGAUUUCUGCAGGAAGGAAGGGCUGUGUGGCUCGGGAGUUGCUGGCUGCUCUGCAUCUGGCUGAGUUUCAUGUGAGAUUUGCUUUUCUCCUGGAAUUUCCCAGCCCUCCAGCAGUGUGUCCUGCUCCUCUGCAUGUUUUUUAUUGUCGUUAAUGGAUCUUUUCCUAAUAAAACAAUUCCAUGUUGGAAAAUGUCGCUUGUCCUGCAGAGGAGUGUGAGGAGGAGCAGUGGGAUUGAGCCCAUGGAGUUGGAGGAGCAGUGGGAUUGAGCCCAUGGGAAUUGGAGGAGGAGCAGUGGGAUUAAGUACAUGGAAGUUGGAGGAGGAGCAGUGGGAUUGAACCCCUGGCAGUUGGACAAGGAGCAGUGGGAUUGAGCCCAUGGAAACUGGAGGAGGAGCAGUGGGAUUGAGCCCCUGGAAGUUGGACAAGGAGCAGUGGGAUUGAGUCCAUGGAAACUGGAGGAGGAGCAGUGGGAUUGAGCCCCUGGAAGUUGGAGGUGGCCACAGCAGGUCAAGCACAAUUCCUGGGAUGAGCUGAUCCCRGUUAUUGUGUGCUCCAGGUUWCUGGAGGAUGCCAGCUGGGAAGGGUGAGUGGCUGGGCUCUGCCAAGCUGAUCUUUCAUUUUCCCUGGAAAACAUCGUUGUGGCUCUGGGACAUCAUGUGGGAURGUGCCUGAAUCCUCUGGGUUUGAUUCCAACGGGGUUUUAUCCCUGGUGCUGACACAAGAUUCCAGYUGGGAUGAAAAGAGCUGUUCCCAGUAAUUCCCACAUCCUCCUGCUUUUCCUGGUGGAAGGAGCUGCUGUGGGGAGAGAGUUACUGGCUUUUCCAUGUCCGCACGUGGGACAAGGUCAUUYCCAAAGUGUUGGAUCCUCUUCCUGGAUCUGCUGCCACUUCCCACUUCUCCAUGAUCCUCAGUGAGGAAUUCUGACCUGCAAGAGCCCCGUUCCUGCCUCCAGGGGAUGCUUGGGAGCAAAGAGCAGGUGGAAAAGCCCCUCAUUCCUCCAUUCCCAACCUCUGCCCUUCUCCUUGGCUCUCCCRUUCCUGGUGUUUGCAGCCAUUCCAGCUCCAUCCUCAGCCCCUGGAGGGGCCAUUCCCAGCUGUGUGUGGACACCAAGGAUGUGGACACUCCAUGGAGCAGUGGGAGAGCUGCACCCACCUGGGCCAGGCUUGGUGUUGGGAUGUGCCUGUGCCUUCCUUCUGGAUUCCCUCUGCAUUCCCUCUGGAUUCUCCAGUGGGAAAACACAUGGGCUGGGAGCUCGAACRUUUCCCUGUGGGGCAUUUUUGGGCUGUUUUUAGUGGUUUUCCCUAUUUUUCCUUGGAUGGGAAACAUCCCAGUGCUUCUCACUCGUGCUGGGGCAAAAUAUUUCUGGGAUAUCAGUGGGAAGAUGCCAUCAGGGAAGGCUGUGGCUGCCCCUGGAUCCCUGGAAGUGUCCAAGGCCAGGCUGGACASGGCUUGGAGCAGCSUGGAGUAGUGGGASGUGUCCCUGCCCAUGGAAAGGGGAUGGAAUGGGAUGAGCUUUAAGUUCCCUUGCAAUCUACAGCAGUCUGGAAUGCCCUCAUUCCAUGGAGCCAUGGAAUCUCUGGAAUGCCCUGUAGGUGUCAGCAAAUCUCCAUGUCCAGCAAUUCCCAACAGUUGGAAUUGGGAUAAGGCCAGGCUUCUCAUUCCUGCCAGGGAUUAUCCGUCCAUCCAUCCAUCCAUCCAUCCAUCCAUCCAUCCAUCCAUCCAUCCAUCCAUCCAUCCAUCCAUCCAUCCAUCCAUCCAUCCAUCCAUCCAUCCAUUUCUCACUUCUUGAAGGAAUAAUUUUGACUCCUUCAGCUCUCCAGGAAGAUCUCACUUGGAAAUGAAAAAUCACGACUUUUCUUUUUAGGACAAACAAAUGAAACAUUCUGACUUUUCCCUUUCCUGCGUGUUUUC